GUAUCUGGAGCGUCAGCAUUUGUGGGUUCGAUUACAGGCUCAAAAUGGCCAGAAACAAAGCACUUUCUUUUGAAACUCAUCAGUCUAUUCUUGUUCUAUAGAAAUGAAGGCUAUUCCAUGUGAGAAAUUGUUAAGAAACUGAACAGUGCAAAUUGGCUCUAACCAGAAUAGAAAGAGGAGUGGGAGGCCCCGGUGCACAACUGAGCAGUAGGACCAUUACAUUAGAGUGUCUAAGAAUAAUGGAGGCCACUGUGUUUUUGGGGACCUGCAGAAACAUUUUGGUACCUUUCCCCAGAUCUGUGCCUCUACAAUCCUGUCUCUGAGCUCUAUGGACAAUUCCUUCAACCUCAUGGCUUGGUUUUGCUCUGACAUGCACUGUCAACUGUGGGACACUAAAUAGACAGGUGUGUGCCUUUCCAAAUCAUGUCAAAUCAAUUGAAUUUACUACAGGUGGGCUCCAAUCAAGUUGUAGAAACAUCUCAAGGAUGAUCAAUGGAAACAGGAUGCACCUGAGAUCAAUUUCAAGUCUCAUGGCAAAAGGUCUUAAUACUUGUGUAAAUAAGAGGGCACGUGUGCUCCCCAUCACACAACUGGAGACAAGAACUGUGACUUGCUUUCCACUCCGGAGCAGGGCGCCAUUGAAAGGAGUGAUAUAUCUGGAGUUGAAGAUACCCAGUGUCUGUGACUCCCGCCAUUUGGUGCAGCGCAGACCCGGUGGAGAGUGUGGUGAAACAGAGAAGAUACUGUCUGUACUACUGGACUUUGAUGCAGUCUUUACCAGAUAAAGUGAAGUUGGGAUGUGUCAGUUAUCCUCCUUUGAUUAAUCCUCCUAGGGCUACAAGACUGGAGUGAAUAGACCUCCCUCAUCCCAACAGUCUCACUUGGACAAACUCACCAUGUUGGUGACAGCCUACCUGGCCAUCGUGGUCCUACUGGCGCUAUGUGUCGGUCUGGAGCUCACGGCACGUCGCCUCACCCCGCCUCAACCCACUCACUCUGCUGUGGGCACCAACCCUGCUUUCCGCCGCUUCCAGACCCUGUUCCUAAGAGGCUACCUCCUAGCCCUGUGGGCUGACUGGCUGCAGGGGCCAUACCUCUACAAGCUGUACCGUCACUACAGCUUCCUGGAGUCCCAGAUAGCCAUCCUGUAUGUCGUUGGCCUGGCCUCCUGUGUGCUGUUUGCCCCCGUGGCCGGCUGGCUCCCUCAGGUCCUGGGGCGCAGACAGACCUGCCUGCUCUUCUGCAUAGCCUACUCAGCCUGUUGCCUCACCAAGCUAUCCCGGGACUACUUUGUCCUUAUCGCGGGUCGCAUGCUAGGGGGCCUGUCCACCUCUCUGCUCUCCACAGCCUUCGAGGCCUGGUACGUACAUCGACAUGUGAACGCCCACGACUUCCCUAAAGAAUGGAUCCCCAGCACCUUCACCAAGGCUGCUAGCUGGAACCACGGGCUGGCAGUGGGGGCUGGGCUGGUGGCUAACAUGCUGGCUGAGUGGCUCCACCUGGGGCCUGUGGCUCCCUUCCUCCUGGCUGUGCCCUGCCUGGGGGCCUGUGGCUGGGUGGUGCUGACUGACUGGGGCACGGAGGAGAAGGGAGGCCUGGAGAGGGACAAGACGUCCUUGCUUGGUCCUGCUGCUUCAGUGCCCCUGGCCCGGGCAUCAGCACGUGCCCGGUUCUGGCGCAGCUGUCAGGAAUGUCUCCGCUGUCUGUUAUCAGACAGACGGGUGAUGCUGCUAGGAGGUGUCCAAGCUCUGUUUGAGAGUGUACUUUAUAUAUUUGUCUUCCUGUGGACCCCGGUCCUGGACCCCCAUGGCCCUCCGCUGGGCAUUGUCUUCUCCUGCCUGAUGGCAGCCAGUAUGGCUGGGUCCCUGCUCUACCGCCUGGCCACAUCCACCCGCUACCGCCUCCAGCCUGGUCACCUCCUCUGCUUCUCCAUGCUGCUUGCAUUUUUCUCCUUCUUCAUGCUUAUCUUCUCCACUGCCCCGGGCCAGCCCAGACCCCGUGAGUCCCUGCUGGCCUUCCUGCUGCUGGAGCUGGCCAGUGGCCUCUACUUCCCCGCUGUCAGCUUCCUCCAGGGGAGGGUGAUCCCGGAGGAGAAGAGGGCCGGGGUGCUGGCCUGGUUCAGGCUGCCUCUGCACCUUCUGGCCUGCCUGGGGCUCCUAGCGCUCCAUGGAGAGGUGUCUGGGACUGGAGGGGGUGAGAGUGGUAGUGGAACUAGAAACAUGUUUGGGGGCUGUGCUGUUAUGAUGCUAGCUGCACUCUUGGCUGUGGUUAGUCUCUUUACUCUGGGAAGGAAUGAUGUGGAUCUCAGACUAGAGGGGCCCAAAGGAGAGGGAGAGAUAUGACAUUCAGAGGUCUUUAUUGUCCCAACAAUGGACAAUGACUAGGAAUACAGUUACUGCUUUGUUGACAGAUGAAGACUCGUUUGGGAAAGUAAAAUGAACUUUUGAGGGACUGAAACCUGACAUUUAAUCAACCUAGGAUUUACCAAUAUUAGACAAUGAUUUUAAAUCAUCUGGUGUCGUAAGGUAUACAUUUUUGGUUACAAGAUUUCCUGAUAUUUGUUUUCAUUUUGUUAACUGGGACUAGCAAUUGUUUCGCUAUAUUGUUGGGUAUAUGAAGAAAAAUAUGUUCGGAAGUUAUUAUGCUGCAGUCUGCGUCAUCUCCCUUCUUUUGAAGCACACUUGCAUACGCACUGACGCACAUGCUGGUGUAAUAAUGUUGUGCCAGUAGGUGGUGCCAGUCUUGCUCCAGGAUGUUCUUCAUAUUCUAGCCUGUACAUGCUGUAGUGUUUAUCAACUGCGUUGUUCAGGGUGUACCACUCAGCCACGGCAGAACGGGGCUUACAUCACUAGCCCAGCUGCUCGCUUCGGCAGAAAUAUCACCCACUCUCAUAUCAUUUAAAACAAGUACAAAUAUAUCAAUUCAGUCUUACUGCUUAUGAUGAAAGCAACUGUGAAGUCAAUCAGUGGGCAUGUGUAGCUACACUUGAGUUCUUGACAUUGUCAGUGUCCAAAAGGGGGAAAAAAAUAUUAUAAAUAGCUUGUGUGGAUGAAUAUCAGGGCCAUUCCAUUAUCAAUGCCUGUUUUGGUAUACAAACAGUUGCUAUUUUGACUUAUGGGGCUUGCUAGGUACAUUGUAGUAAUUAAACACCAAUGUUAAGGGUGUUUAGAGUCUGAAUGGGUACUUAAUGUGUCUUGGAGAGGCGUGUAUAUUUGCCUUGUUCUUUUUCGCUUUCUAUUCUCCAGAACCUUCAGUAAAAUAGGACAUAUUGUAAAUAUGGAAUAAAUGUGAUUUUUAAUACC